GGGCUCUGCCAGCCAGGAGGUUCGGUUGCGCGUGUGCCAUGGACUCAGCCGCCCGGUGAUAUUGACAAUAGGAGAGAGAAAGGGGCAUUGACGGGGACCCUGCGCGGGUAGCGAACGGCGGCUCUGGCAGCGGCGGCUCCGGCGGCUCCAGCUCCUCCUCCCGACUCCCGUGCUCGCUGCCGCUGCAGAUCCAGGCUUCCUCCCUCCUCCCCCCUCCCCGCGUCGCCGCCGCCGCCGCCGCCGCCGCCGGGUCCGGUGCAACGAGCAGAGGCGCCGCCCGCCGGGAAUGUGAACGAAGAGCCACCGGCCGAGCCGCAACCGGGUCGGUACCGAUUUGAUGGGACGGGCCCGCGGGGGAGGCUCGUGAGGCCGCCGCUGCCACUGCCGGAGCGCUGAGGUUUGGGGCCAGCCGAGAGGCCUAGAAGCACCGCCGCCACCGCGGAACCGGAGGGACGUCGCCCCGGACUGCUGUAGCCCGGGGCUCUCCGCCGCUGCCCGGACCUCCCCCUGUGCGUCCCGGGCCGCCGCCCGCCCCCGCCGCGGCCCCUAGCCUGUCGCCCGCCCAGCGCAGCCACAGAUCAUCUUCGAUUCUUCCCCAGGAGCUUCAAGUAGGGAUAUGUCCUCAGCACCAACUACUCCUCCAUCAGUGGAUAAAGUAGACGGAUUUUCUCGGAAGUCCGUCAGAAAAGCCAGACAGAAGAGGUCGCAAAGCUCCUCACAGUUUAGAUCUCAAGGCAAGCCCAUUGAGCUCACACCUCUGCCGCUGCUGAAAGACGUUCCAACCUCAGAGCAGCCUGAACUGUUCCUAAAGAAACUUCAGCAGUGCUGUGUCAUUUUUGACUUCAUGGACACGCUAUCUGAUCUUAAAAUGAAAGAGUACAAGCGCUCCACUCUUAAUGAACUGGUGGACUACAUUACAAUAAGCAGAGGCUGUCUGACAGAGCAGACUUACCCUGAAGUAGUUAGAAUGGUAUCUUGCAAUAUAUUCAGAACUCUCCCUCCUAGUGACAGCAAUGAAUUCGACCCAGAAGAAGAUGAACCUACCCUCGAGGCAUCGUGGCCCCACUUACAGCUUGUAUAUGAAUUUUUCAUACGAUUUUUGGAAAGUCAAGAAUUCCAACCCAGCAUUGCCAAAAAAUACAUAGAUCAGAAAUUUGUAUUACAGCUUCUGGAGCUAUUUGACAGUGAAGACCCCCGAGAACGGGACUAUUUAAAAACAGUUUUGCACAGGAUUUACGGCAAGUUUCUCGGGCUUAGAGCAUUUAUCCGAAAACAAAUUAACAAUAUUUUUCUAAGGUUUGUUUAUGAAACAGAACACUUCAAUGGUGUAGCUGAACUGCUGGAAAUAUUAGGAAGUAUUAUCAAUGGCUUCGCUUUACCACUGAAGGCAGAGCACAAACAGUUCCUGGUCAAAGUGUUGAUCCCUCUGCACACCGUCAGGAGCCUGUCACUCUUCCAUGCCCAGCUGGCGUAUUGUAUAGUACAGUUUCUGGAGAAAGAUCCUUCACUCACAGAACCAGUUAUUAGGGGGUUAAUGAAAUUUUGGCCUAAAACAUGCAGUCAAAAAGAGGUCAUGUUCCUUGGGGAGCUGGAAGAAAUCUUGGAUGUGAUUGAACCGUCACAAUUUGUUAAAAUCCAAGAACCUUUGUUUAAACAAAUUGCCAAGUGUGUUUCUAGCCCCCAUUUUCAGGUGGCAGAAAGGGCACUCUAUUAUUGGAAUAAUGAAUACAUCAUGAGUUUGAUAGAAGAAAACUCGAACGUCAUCCUUCCCAUCAUGUUCUCCAGUCUUUAUAGGAUUUCCAAAGAGCACUGGAAUCCGGCUAUUGUGGCACUGGUGUACAACGUGUUGAAGGCCUUUAUGGAAAUGAACAGCACUAUGUUUGACGAGCUGACAGCCACAUACAAGUCAGAUCGUCAGCGUGAGAAAAAGAAAGAAAAGGAGCGUGAAGAAUUGUGGAAAAAAUUGGAGGAUCUGGAGUUAAAGAGAGGUCUUAGGCGUGAUGGGAUAAUUCCAACUUAACAACAAUCUGACCACGACAUCACUAACCCAUGGGGUCACACGCUUAUGUAGUAGAAGGAUGGAGCAACAGUUUUCUGUAUUGUGCAACUUUACAGUAGAUUUCACAUUUGUCUCAUUAUUACAACAGCACUGUAUAUACCUGUCUCUAAGUAAAGGAAAACAUAAGGACUUCAAUCCAAAGUUUGGACAGUAGAUGGACUUCUCAGAACUUUGCAAACAUAAUCAUUGUUCUAACCCUCUUUAAAACAAAACAAAACAAAACAAAACAAAAGGUCUUCAGAGAUCUGUUGGUGAAAUUGCUAUGUUAAAAUUCCAUUAUCAGGAGUUCCUUAUUUAUCACUAGCAGAGAGUAUGAUACAAUUUUCAAAUGUGAACAAUCUUAAAUUUAGCUUGUCUUUCUGCUAAGCUGUUAAAUGUAUUUAUAGUAAAGGAAGAAAAGAUUGUCAUUUCUUUAUAAGUUUGUACAACACCCUCCUCUGGACAACUUGACUGUAAUUUGACAUCCUUUCCUUUUGCACAUCUUCAUGAGUCGAAUGUUCACGUGGAAUGGGGCAGUGAAUUACAGAGGUCCCUGGUGAAAUUGAUCUGCUGGGUGAACAUCUUCCCAGUGCCCAGGUGUUCCUGGUACUCCUUUAGUUUUCAGGUUAGGAGUGAAAAAAAGAAGAGGUGAUGAUAAGCAUAAAAAAGAAGAGGUGAUAAGCAUAGUAGCGAAGGGAAUGUUGGGCUUCGUAUCAGAUAUGGUGAGUCCAAAUCAGUGUCUUGAAUCCUUUGAAAACAGGCAGCGGGACGCGCAGGCUUCAGCACCUGCAGCAUUAGCUGCAGACAUCAUUGUGCAUCCAGACCAGAGACAAUUUAGAAAUGUCACAGAAACAUCCUUUCCGACCCUAUGAAGUAAGAAAGACAGAACACUAAGUGAUAGAACCAUGAAGCUGAGCACCAGGACUGCGCAUCCAGUUGGGAACCAGUUGAGCAAACAGCACGGACUGUUUGGAGUUGUUGCCUUACUUUCUAAUAUGUACUUACAAAGUAUUUCAGCAAAAGAGGAUGCAGCCUCUGGGAGAAACCAAACAGGUUCCAUAGCUCAUCACAGCGCCAGCCCUGUUUUUAGCCAGAAAGGAUUCAGGAUCAACAUUAUGCAUUCUGAUAUGGAUGCAUAUUCCUAACUACUGUAUUUGUUACCAAAAGUGGUUCUACAAAUGCUACUGAAAAAAAAUCUGGAAAUUCCUAAUGUCCUGAGUAUUAAUAAUAAAGUUUAAAAAAUGCUUUUAUAUCAAA